GGUCAUGAACGUGUGCUACAAUAACCUCGAUGGCUUGUCGGCGGCCAUGCCCAUCAUCAACUCGGUCCACAUCCUCAUCGAGGCCCCGCUUCGCGCGUCCGCGUUCGGCAGCCCUCCGUUGCCGGCGCCGUCCGAAGAGCCUUUUUUCUCGUUCCUCGCCGCGUGGGUCGCCAAAGUCGGACAGCUCACUUGCAAGAUAACCGAGCGCUCGACGAACAACGACAAAGUCUGUCAGCUGAUAGCGCAAUGCACGAAUCUCCAGCGCGCAGAAGUCCACGAGAACCCGCGGGUGCUCGAGGCUGUGCUCAUGCACCGCGUGUCCGAGCUCACCGUGCACUGCGACGCGAAUGAGACUGCCUUGACCGCUCCCAUUGCCCGAUGGCUGGCUUCCGAUUGCGCCGUGCGCUUGACGCUGUACCGCUUUGGGGUGGGCGACUGCACGGGUCUCGCGCGCGCCAUCGCUACGUCCCCGACGCUGUCGCACCUCGCGUUGCGCGAAUCAUCGGCCGUUCGCGCCGGCAUUGUCGCCAACGGCCUUAUGCUCCGCCACGUCACGCAUUUCGAGUACUUUACCCUGCCAGGUUAUCACCGCUUUGAAGCCGCUUUGGCGAUGCUCAACUUGGGCAGCCUCGUCAAGCUCGUGCUCGGUGGGCAGUCUGCUUACGCCACGGACCUCAGCUGCCUCUUGCCCGCGCUGCCCCACUUGUCGGCUCUUGAUGAGCUCCAGCUUUUCGACAUUAGCAUGGAUGCGCGUCCAGCCACACACCAAACGUGGACCGUCGCGCCUCGUGUCCGAUACAUCAAGCUCCACGACGUCCGCUUCUCCGUCGAAAGCCGCCGAGCGAUUCUCGAGUGGGCGGGGCGCUCGGACCGCCUUGACAUCUUACGCUGGCCCAACUGUGCUGCGAGUGACCGCAACGGGAGCUUUGUCGGCGACGACCUUCAGCGAAUCAUCCAAGCCGGCGUGCGCACCAUCCACUGCGAUUGGCAACUCGACCAGCGCGAUAUCGCGGCGUUGACCAAGGGCAUCCAUGGCAGCCACGCCCCACGAAAACCGGUUGCGACAAGAGCUUGCUACGUGCACAAACGUCGCCAUUGAGCUCGUUCGCCAAGACACCAUCCUUUGCAGCCCUGUGCAAUCGACCGACUAGUUGAGUCGCUUGUUC